AUGACUAGUUUACUUAAUAUUAAUUCUGAUGGGAAUUCAAUUAAUUCGUCCGUUUCCGAAGUCCAAUUAUCAGAUGAACAAAUUCGAGAAUAUCAAGACAUUCUUAAUUUGUUAGCGGAUGAAAAUGUUAUAGCUUAUGGAUAUCUUUUGGAGGAGACAAUUCGUUUGACGGAAG